CCACUUUCGAAGCUGGGCUCGCCACUGCCAGCCCACGUGAACCCGCUCGCGAGUCGCGACUCGGCUCCCCCACGCCCGCACCGCACGGCCGCACCCCGCAUCUCCCCGUCCUCCAACCACGCCCGCCGUCCGCGACGCCUCCGCCACCGUUGGCACCCGCGCUGGCACGCGCGCGACUCGAAGAUGCAGGAUAGAAUGAGGCGACAGGGACAAUACGGUGAAGCGGACAUCAAUUCCAUGGUUGCUUCCCAGUUGCAUCACUACCAGGCACAGCAAAGGGUACAACAACAGCCUGACAAUAGCUACACUGGAAGAGAUCCUGUGCAAGCUUCUGGGGAGCAUCAGUACGCUGCUCUGAAGGUGAGACAGAGUCAGUGGGAUCGAGGUGAACCAAACAUCCAAAGCCAGGUUCCAUCAUAUGCGUAUAAGGAAGGCCAACGAGCUAAGGGUGCACCAUCCUUUUAUGAUGGGCAGAGAUCUGAUCUAAAGGUUGGUCUAGAAAAGCAGCCAAGCAAGGAAUCGAGAGAUCAGUCUCGUGCUGAUAGGACUGAAACAAGAUAUGAGGAUUAUAAUCUUCCUCAGACAUUUGAAGGUCUUGAGCAAAGUUUUCAUGAAGACAUUAUGAUACUAUCCAAGGAACUACAGGAUGCAGAGGGUUCUGAAAAUUCUAGGCACAGGGAGAGAUUGAACGAGAUAAAUACACAGUACCAAGAGAAACUAUUAGCACUUCGAGCUCGCCAAGCAACCUAUAGAGAAGAAUUCCUGCAUAAGGAAUCUCUGGCACGCCAGCAGCAAUACCAGCAGGCCAGCAUGAGUCAUUAUGCCAAUAAUGCCGUGCCUGGGGAGCAGCAUGGUUAUCAUCCAACAGCAGCAGUCACACCUCCUCCUCCUGUUGCUGCUGGAGGUGCUUAUGGAGAUACUCAUAGGGGUUAUGCUUCUGGACAGUACGAAUCCAUGGGUGAGCAUCCAGAUUACCCAGAGUUCCAUGGUGGGGGCAGAGGUCGUGGUUUUGAGCACCCUGUUCAAUACCCUGGUGGUCGUGCUUAUAAUUCUGGUGGCCGGCGAUUCUAGAGUUGCUGUCGAACGAUCAGUUGAUUUGGCCUCAACACCUGAUCUCAGUUUGGUGUGCUGUACUCGACACAGGUUGGUUGCAAUCUUCUUGAAACCUAAACGCUUGUAAAACCUGUUCUACGAUUCAAUGCCCCUGGUAUGCAAGCAUUGAACUACCUUUUCCAUUGAGGCUUGCCUACUGCCACUAGUGGCCGCAACUUUGCAAGAGUUUCUUCUGGUUGUAAUUUGUAGAGGAAGGAGAGAAUAGUGUACCUUAUUGUUUAUCUGCUAUCCAUUCAUGUUCAAUGA